AUGGAAUCAAGGAAUGAUACACCAAUUUCAGAAUUUCUUCUUCUGGGAUUGUCAAAGGAACCAGAACUGCAGCCCCUCAUAUUUGGGUUUUUCCUUUCCAUGUACCUGAUCACUGUGUUUGGGAACCUGCUCACCAUCCUGGCUGUCAGCCUAGACACCCACCUCCACACACCCAUGUACUUCUUCCUCUCCAACCUGUCAUUUGUAGACAUCUGUUUUACUUCUACAACCAUCCCAAAGAUGCUGCAUAAUAUCCACAUACAGAGCAAAGUCAUAACCUAUGAGGGCUGCAUCACCCAGAUAAACUUUUUCCUACUCUUUGCUGGAUUGGACAACUUUCUCCUUGCUGUGAUGGCUUAUGACCACUUUGUGGCCAUCUGCCACCCUCUGCACUACAUAGUUGUCAUGAAACACUGGUAAUCUGGAAUGCUUGUUCUGGUAUCUUGGAUGAUGAGUACCUUGAAUUCCUUGUUACAAAGCUUCAUGGUGUUGUGGUUGUCCUUCUGUACAGAGUUGGAAGUCACCCACUUUUUCUGUGAAAUCAAUCAGGUGGUCCAAUUUCCCUGUUCUGACACCUUUCUUAAUGACAUGGUGAUGCAUUUUGCAUCUGGGCUGUUGGGUGGCAUUUCCCUUACUGGGAUUCUUUACUCAUACUCUAAGAUAGUUUCCUCCAUACAAGGAAUCUCAUCAGCUCAGGGAAAGUAUAAAGCAUUUUCCACCUGUGCACCUCAUAUCUCAGUUGUUUCUUUACUUUAUUGUAUGAUCCUAGGAGUGUACCUCAGCUCUGCUGCUACCCACAGCUCAUAUUCAAGCACAGUAGCCUCAGUGAUGUACACUGUUGUCACACCCAUGUUGAACCCCUUUGUCUAUAGCCUGAGAAACAAAGACAUCAAGAGGGCUCUGAAAAGAAUCAUCGGCUUGUCAUUUAUAUAA